AUGGAGAGUACAGAUUCUUCCGGCUGUCCUCCGCCGCAGCCUAACCUUCCUCCUGGAUUCCGAUUUCAUCCAACCGACGAAGAACUCGUAAUUCACUACCUCAAACGCAAAGCCGACUCUGCUCCUCUACCCGUCGCCAUCAUCGCCGACGUCGAUCUCUACAAAUUCGAUCCAUGGGAACUUCCCGCGAAAGCUUUGUUUGGAGAACAGGAAUGGUAUUUUUUCAGUCCACGAGAUCGGAAAUAUCCAAACGGAGCUAGACCGAAUCGAGCUGCGACUUCCGGUUAUUGGAAAGCGACGGGUACAGAUAAACCGGUGAUUUCAAUCGGCGGCAGUAAUAAAAAGGUCGGAGUUAAAAAAGCUCUGGUGUUCUACAGUGGUAAACCACCAAAAGGAGUGAAAUCGGAUUGGAUUAUGCACGAAUAUCGAUUAACCGAUAAUAAACCAAGUCAUCGAUGUGACUUCGGCAACAAGAAAAACUCCCUCCGGCUUGAUGAUUGGGUGUUGUGUCGAAUCUACAAGAAAAACAGUAGCUCUCGACAUCAGCAUCAUCAUCAUCUAGAUAACGAUAAGGAUCAUCAUCAUUUUCAUCAUGACAUGAUGGUCGAUGAUGAUCUCUUCCGUCAAAUCCCUCCGUUGCUUCCUCGUCACAAUGUCUCCAGGAUGAAUUUAUUCCCGGCGAUUUUCUCCGAUAACAACGAUCCGACGGCUAUAUACGACGGUGGUGGCGGCGGCGGUGCAAAUUACUCGAAUUUUGCAUCGUCGUCUGGAUCGAAGCCGGAGCAGACGAUGACGAUGAUGGCGGCGAAUCUAAAACGGGGUGUUCCGACGACGUUUUGGGAAGAGGAUCAUCAAGAUCCAGCUAAGAGGUUUAAUGGAGGCGUUGGAGAUUCUUCGAAUAUCGUCUCUUCAGUGGCGGCGCCGUCAUUAAUGCAGCAGCAAAGUGGGAUUUUGGGCGAAGGAUUAAUCAGGACGUCGUACCAAUUACCCGGUUUGAAUUGGUACUCCUAA